AUGAAUGACAUGGAUUCUUUGUCUCCUCCUCCAUGGGGGACACUGUCUGUCGAACAAUAUCUCAUCACAAACUGGAAUAACUCCUCCACCAAAACCCCCGACCAGCAACGAAAAAUGUUGGUCACUGAGUUCCUCGACGUGGAAUCUAUUCCCCUUGAAUGGGCCGAAGAUUGGGAUAGCCUUCCAGCGGGCAUCGAUCCGCCACGUGCGCCUACAACAGAGGAGGUGGACACAAUUCUCCGACCUUACCGCAGCGACGUGCUUCGAUGGCACGCAAUGAAUCUUUUCAAUGACCCGACUUGUCCUGCUUUACUACGCACGCACUAUUGCACCGACGAAGAAGAGAAAGCCAGACACGAUGAUUUAAUGACCGAAUGGGUCGAUUCAGAUCACUUUGAACCAGAAGCCUGGUGGGCCGUUCUCAAUGAUGCAGAUCUCUUCAACUUCGGCGCGGAGUGGCGACGUGUGUACGAGAUUCUUCCCGAACUUGCGGGCCCACUUGACCCCGAGGUCGAUGAUAAACUGAGGAUUCCGCGCGCCCGUAAAGCAGAAGACCUUGAACCUUUCCGCUCUGAUCUCAAAACGCAAACUGCCGAAGUAAAAGAAGAAGCCCCGGAGGCUUGGCGCGAUGACCGAGACACAAUCAUCGAUAGCCUCGCGAUAGGGUUGCAAAAAUGCGCUACGAGGGCGUAUCUUAUGCUUUCCGGUCUGGAAGUUUAUGGUUUCCGAAACGUCAUUCGCGAAGGUCGUAUGGAUCCUGAGAUCCACGAUCUCUUUGGUGUGAUUGGUACAUGGAUGGAAACCAACGAAUUCCUUGAGGGCUCUACUGUUGGGGAAAAGUAUCGAGCUAGUGCAGAAUUAGGGAGGGAACUGUAUCAAUUGACGGAAGAAGAACUUGCAGAUCCUAAUCAAUAG